UAUUUGAAGGGGUCAACGAUCUUUUUUUCGACGCCAUCCUCAUCAAAACGGCAUUUAAAACAUUCUUGAUUUGGCAUUGCUAGAGGAAUUUAAAAAUGCAUCGCAUAUUAUGUAACUCAGGUAACCAUGUCCCAGAAAGGUAGAACCGCUUUAGUUAUCGGGUUUGGCGGGUGUAUUGGGUCCGCCAUAGCUGUGUCACUAGCUGAGGCUGGAUUUGCUGUAGUGGGCACCGACCGUAGUCUGUCAGACAGCGUCAAACAAAACAUGGAGAAAAUCAGAGAGAUAUCUGGCAAGGAUGUCCUCUUCUUUGAGUGUGAUCUUCUAAAUAGGGAGAACAUUGACCACUUGUUCAGAACCAUAGCGUCCGAGGUCCCAUCUGGAAUCGACAUAUUAGUCAACAAUGCAGCCAUGACUGAGCGCUGUCCAAUGGAAGAGAAAACUCUGGAGAGCUGGGACAAUGAAAUGGCGCUAAAUUUGACGGCUCCAUUUAUGCUGUCUAAACACUUUGCCGGAUCCAUGAGAAAGAAAGGAUGGGGUCGAAUUAUGAUUAUGUCCUCGGUGGCCGGUAUGCUUACCUUUCCGUGUACCAUCGGGUACUGCACUUCUAAGACAGCACUCAUUGGCCUCACUAAGGCCAUAGCAGUGGAACUGGCCCCGCACGGAGUGACUUGCAACGCCAUCUGUCCGUACUUUGUGGAUACUCCUUUUAUUCAACCCUUUUUGGAUUCGUUGAAGGAAGAAACUGGACAGUCUCGUGAGGAAACUUUGGAAAAUAUUCGAAACUCUUGUCCGACAAAAACGUUCACUACACCAAAACAGAUCGGGGACUACGUUGUCUUUCUGUGUUCACGAGCUGCUGACAACAUGACAGGAUUGACCACGCCCAUGGAUGGCGGGUACAGCAUCGUGUGAGAUGACGUCAUAAUAAGUGACCACGCCCCUGCAUAACAAUGUUUCGACAAAAAAAUCGUAUCUGGUUUUACCGCGAAAAAGGAAUUGUAGGUAACAUGUCAUCUGAUCAUUUUAUUGAGCAGCAAUUGCCGAAGAGAAAAUGAAAUGGAAAAUACUUGAAUGUGAAAA